CUUUGGAAAUUGAUUGUUAACAUCUGAGUCCUUUUCAUUUCAUUUGCAAGACAUUCCUGCAUACCAAAAGGGCUCGAGAAGCGUUUUCCGAUCCUUACUCUAAACACAUCAACACAGCAAUGGAGAAAUUGGUGAUGAUGAGAUCUCUCUACCGUUCGAUCGCACGGAGAUCUGUAGUUUUAGUCGCCCCCACCUCCGUGAACAGCAACAACCAAUGCCUCCGCCGUGGAAUCUGCUACCUUCAGCAUCCUUCAUCUUCACUGCCUUACAAAAGUCUUUCUCCAUUUGCAAUGGGAAUUGGAAGCACACGAUGCUUGACUGAUGGUGGGUUGACACACUUACCAGACAUUAAAGAUGGUGAUAUCAAGGUUGCCUUCAAGGAGCUCAUGGCUGUAAACUGGGCUGAACUUCCAGACAGUGUUGUCAACAAAGCAAAUCGAGCAUUAUCUAAGAACACUGAAGACAAGGCUAGCCAAGAGGCAUUAGCCAACCUUCUACGUGCUGCAGAGGCAGUUGAUGAGUUUACUGGCUUCCUUGUGACUUUGAAAAUGGAAAUUGAUGAUAGUGUUGGACUGAGUGGCGAGGAUGUGAAACCUUUAUCGGGUGAUGUUGCUGAUGCUUUAACUGUAGCCUUUGAACGCUACUAUGCAUACUUGAACUCUUUUGGAGCAGAUGAAGGGUAUUUGCGGAAAAAGGUUGAAAAUGAGCUGGGAAUGAAACUUAUUCAUCUCAAAAUGAGAUGCAGUGGUCUUGGUGGUGAUUGGGGAAGGGUGACAGUUCUGGGAACAUCUGGACUUUCUGGUUCAUAUAUCGAGCACAGAGCAUAAAAAUCUGGUUCAUAGCUCACCUUUUUAUCCUUGCUAUUGUUGUUUUCACAAAUGCUGUUUUGGUUGGAUUUUGUUAUCUGCUCAUCAACUAAAUAAUAAUGGAGGAUCCAUUGUGUUAGAACUAGUUUUUCCUUUUUAUUUAUUGAACUUGUAGUUUAGUUAUUUUGUGAAAGAAAAAUAACAGCACUCGUAGGUAGUGUUUGGUAUAACGGAAUCGUGGAAAGAAUGGAAUGGUUAAUUCCAUUAGAAUGAAAAUCGAUUGUUUUAUAUGAUGAAAUGGAAUGGUUGAAGGAAUGUGUGUCGUUUA